GUCAAACUCCAUCCACCUGUUGUCGUUGCCGGAGCCAAAACUUCUAUUCAAUAUUUAAAAGAAUCUACGAAAGAACGUGAAAAACAACAACUUAACACUCGCUUACUCAAAAGUCGCUUGGCUCAAUUAAAUAUUCCUGUAGUACCAAAUCCUUCUCAUAUCGUACCUGUACUUGUUGGUGAAGCUGAAGCUUGUAAAGUUGCUUCUGAUCAAUUAUUACGUGAACAUGGUAUCUAUGUUCAAUCGAUUAAUUAUCCAACGGUAGCUAAAGGAGAAGAAAGAUUGAGAAUUACUCCUACUCCUGGUCAUAAUGAACAUAUGACUAAUCAUUUAGUUAAUGCUCUAGAAACUAUCUGGAGAAAGAAUGGUUUUAAGAGAGUUAAUGAUUGGAAAAACGAAGGCGGUAGAGCUGGUGUCGGUAUUAAUGCACCUAAUCCCAAACCUAUUUGGACUGAUGCUCAAUUGAGGCUUGUUUCCGGUCGUGGUACUACUGAAAUUAGAUCUAAUCCUGUAUUUAAUGAUGCUACAGUCUCCGAAAAUAAUCCUCAGGUUAUGAGAAUUACUACGUAUUAA